AUGGCGGAACGCGAGAUUACAAAUGAAGUUCAUGAGCACCCUUUAGCCGCCAUAUUUAGGCCAACCUCUUUCUUCUGUGAUGUUUGUCGCAUUGAAAACUCUCCAUUUCCAACGCCAAAUGGGCUUAUUGUUGUGCUCCGUGUAGAUAUUUUCUCCACAGGUGGUGAAAAUGAGAAUGAAGUUGAUCAAUCAAUCGACCCAAAUCUGCUACACUUACCGGUGACCGAUGGUUUCUUAGAACUGUUUAGACAUUUUGCUAAACAAAUCAAUCUUGAAAAUACUGAGAGAGAGGCAAAGCUCAUCCAUUGGAGUCAUGAGCAUCCACUAAUCCUUUUUAAUGUACAAAAGGACGAUGAUAUCAAAGAUGAGAUUACGUUAUGUGAUGGUUGCGUGCAACCAAUAUCAUUUCCAUUUUAUCAUUGUGGUCAAUGCAACUAUUUUCUCCAUUUAAGUUGCGUCAACUUACCACAAGAAUUGCAUCGUCCAAUUCACGAUGAACACCCAAUGAAACUUUUUCAGGGUACAAAAUUCUACGAGACCUUCUGCUGCGAUGCUUGCCGCGUAUGCACCAACGGAUUCUUCUACACAUGUGAAACAUGUGAAUUCAUCCUUGAUGUCAAAUGUGCUUUCCUACCUUCUUCGAUUGCAUAUCAAGCUCACAAGCAUCCAAUGGUUCAAAUGAAUGGUUCAAAAGAUUUCUGUGAUGGAUGUUAUUUCAAGUUCUCUACAAGCGGAUUUAAAUGUGAUGAUUGCAAGUUCAAAAUAUGUCACGAGGAUGCUCUACUCCCACGUACCAUCAGGCAUAGAUGGGACAAACAUCCCCCAACCCUGUACUAUCCUCCAUUUAGUGAUCAUCCUGGAAUUUCAGCAAAAUCAAUAGUUGGUAAGCUGGAUAGAAAAGAGAAGUAUGCUCAACAGGCAAUGUUGGGCUAG